ACAAAACGGUAGAAAGAAAGAGGUGAUUGAAGAAAUAGGAGAAGAUAUUAGAUAGGUCAAUCCUACCCAGCACGUGAUUUUCUUUCUCUCUUCCUCAUCAUCUUCCACUUCCAGAGACAUCGAGGAAGAACAUUGUCUCUGACUAAGAUCAAUUUCUCACCGUUGAUUUUGGCUUGAUCUUCUCUCCUCAGCCAUGCCCUCCACCGUACGAUUCACCUCCAUCUUCUUCUUCCUUAUCUCGUUCAUAUUCUCUCUCUUAUCUUCACCAUCUCUCGCUUCUGAGUCAGAUCACAAGUAUGAGCCAGAUGAGAAGGUAAUCCUGUGGGUGAACAAAGUUGGUCCAUACAACAACCCGCAAGAAACCUACAACUACUUCAGCCUUCCAUUUUGCCAUCCAGAGGGCAAGGUUGCCCACAGGUGGGGUGGCCUGGGUGAGGUUCUUGGUGGGAAUGAACUUGUUGACAGCGGAAUUGAUUUGAAAUAUAGAAAAAAUGUUGAUAGGACUUCCAUAUGUGAACUUGAACUUGACCAGUAUAAAGCAGCACGAUUCAGAGAUGCAAUUGAGAAUUCAUAUUGGUUCGAGUUGUUCAUUGAUGAUUUACCUCUGUGGGGUUUUGUGGGAGAGCUUCGUUAUGAUAAAAAUGGGGAGAAUGCUAAGCACGUAAUGUACACACAUAGGAAUUUCAUCAUAAAGUAUAAUGGGAAUCAUAUCAUCCAUGUUAAUCUUACCCAAGAUGGUGCUAAGGCAGUAGAGGAUGGAAAGGUGUAUGACAUGACAUAUUCAGUUAAAUGGAUUCCAACAGAUGUCACCUUUGGCAGGCGUUUUGAUAUCUACUUGGAUUACCCCUUUUUUGAGCAUCAGAUUCAUUGGUUCUCCAUUUUCAAUUCCUUCAUGAUGGUCAUUUUCUUGACUGGUUUAGUUUCAAUGAUAUUGAUGAGGACUCUUAGAAAUGACUAUGCUAAGUAUGCAAGGGAAGAUGAUGACCUAGAAAGCUUGGAAAGGGAUGUUAGUGAAGAGUCUGGUUGGAAACUUGUUCAUGGAGAUGUUUUCCGGCCUCCUCGCUAUCUAGCUCUGCUUACAGCUGUCAUUGGCACUGGAGCUCAAAUGGCAACUCUUAUUCUCCUUGUCAUCCUUUUGGCAAUUUUCGGAACAUUGUACAUUGGGAGGGGAGCUAUAGUCACAACUUUCAUUGUGUGUUAUGCCUUGACAUCAUUCAUAUCAGGAUAUGUCAGUGGUGGAAUGUAUUCACGUAAUGGCGGUAAAAACUGGAUAAAGGCAAUGAUUCUUACUGCUUCCCUUUUCCCGUUUAUGUGCUUCGGAAUCGGAUUCAUUUUGAACACAAUCGCUAUAUUCUAUGGAUCUCUAGCUGCUAUUCCUUUUGGGACUAUUGUAGUAGUAUUUGUCAUUUGGGCUUUCAUCUCCUUCCCACUUGCACUUCUUGGGACAGUUGUCGGAAGAAACUGGAAUGGUGCACCUAAUAAUCCAUGUCGUGUGAAGACUAUUCCUCGACCUAUUCCAGAAAAGAAAUGGUAUCUAACGCCAUCAGUAAUAUCACUAAUGGGGGGAUUGCUACCCUUUGGAAGUAUUUUCAUUGAGAUGUAUUUUGUCUUCACGUCUUUCUGGAAUUACAAGGUGUACUAUGUUUACGGCUUCAUGCUGCUUGUUUUUCUGAUCUUGAUCAUUGUCACUGUUUGUGUGACAAUCGUGGGGACAUAUUUCUUGCUGAAUGCUGAGAAUUACCAUUGGCAGUGGACUUCAUUCUUCUCCGCUGCAUCCACUGCGAUUUAUGUCUUCCUGUAUUCUAUAUAUUACUAUCAUGUCAAGACCAAGAUGUCAGGCUUCUUUCAGACCAGCUUUUAUUUUGGCUACACAAUGAUGUUCUGUCUUGGCUUGGGAAUUCUUUGCGGAGCGGUUGGCUACCUGGGUUCCAAUCUAUUCGUACGGAGGAUUUACAAGAACAUCAAGUGUGAUUAGGUUAAUCUUUUAAUUGUUAAACCGUUCACCCUAUAAUCCCCUGUUUUGGAUGAUCGAUGAAGGAUGGGAUUUGUACUCAAGCAGAAAAGAUGGUGAGACAGAAUUGGGCAGUUAAGAAUAGUUUAUAGACACUAGAACAUUUGUGGGAAUGUGCAAUUUUGUUGGGAAAUCCAAAUUUUCGCUGUAAUUUAGCCCCAAUACUGGUCUGAGAUGGUGGAUCUUCACGUUGUGCUAGCUCUGAGAUUGAUACUUCUCUUUUUCACUUCACUUUAGUUCUAUCUUCUAGGGCAUAAUAUCGCGGUUGUUAUUAUAACUGAAUUAUUUUUUUUAGUUUUGCCCUUCUAAAUACAGCUACUGGUGCCUUCUACUUCCGAUUGGCGAUAAGUAUGGCUGUGGUAAAGUUGUUCAACGGGGUGGAAUCGUGAAGGGUUCAUUAUGCUUUGAUUCAUUUGAUUAUGUCUUCGUAUUUUAAGCUCUGUUUAUAUAGUAUUGCAACAUCUUGACUGACAUCA